AAACACAACUCAGUCAAGCAAAGAGCUAUGGCUUUCCAGUAGAAGUAGACGCGACGUGAUAUUGGUCCGGCUCAUCUUCUCCGCUUCCUCGCCGUGCCGGUGCUCGGAAGCUUUAAGGCGAGCCGAAUCAAUAUCACUCUCGUAUGCUUUUUCCUAUAUAUGUUGGUGUUGCAUCCUCUGUUAUCAUGCCAACUUCGAAGUUUCUAGGGCAAAUUAAAACUUUUUUUUUGAACAAGUGCAAUUUUUGGGGAAAUGGGGAAGGGAUUGAACUCAACACAUGGGGCUGGGGAACUACAUCUUUAACCAAACAGCUUAUAAGGACAGAUGCUUCUAAAGCAAAAGCUAGCACCUUCAUUUUCUUCUAUGUUUAAUUUCCCUUCAUAUUUAUCCAGUUCAUUUUUUUAGUAACAUUGAUGUUCAAAUCUUUCAUCCGAGUAGAUCUCAUGGAAGCUUGUUUUCUAGUAAAAAUAUGCUGCCGCUUGUCCGCAGCUGCCCCUUUUGCCCCUCUUUACUGUUGGAUGAUGCUGUGAUAGCUAGGAGUUUGGCUUCAAAGAGAGGACAUUUUUUAACUUUUCUGGCCAUUAGAGUAACGUUAAUGAUCCAGUUACAAUGCUCCUCUUAGCGAGAGAUGUGAUAUCAUAUAAGUAAACGUAUAUCAAUUCAUUUGUCUCAUAGAAUAAAAAGAAGUCCAUCAU